AUUAGGAACAUCACAAUGCUGCGUGCCUGCAUCGUCCUCGCCUUGGCCACCAGCGCCUUCGCUGGUCACGUUGGUCACGUUGCCGGAGGCUACACCCUCGCUAGCAACCUCGGCUAUGGCCUCGGCUACGGCAGCCUCGGCUAUUCCGGUCUUGGAUACGGUGGCCUUGGUCUGUCCCAUUAUGGCCUGUCCCAUGGAGUUGGCUACUCUGGCCUGACCGGCUACGGUGCUGGCUUCGGAUACGGAUAUGCCCCCGCUGCCAGCUACGCCGUCGCUGCUCCAGCUGUUACCCGCACCGUCUCCACCUACCACGCUGCUCCAGCUGUGACCGCUGUCCACGCCGCUCCAGCCGUGACCGCUGUGCACGCCGCCCCAGCUGUCACCUACGCUGCUGCCCCAGCUGUCACCAGGGUGGUCCAGGCCGCUCCAGUUGUCCAGACCUACGCUGCUGCCCCAGCUGUCACCAGGGUGGUCCAGUCCGCUCCAGCUGUCACCUACGCCGCUGCUCCAGCUGUCACCAGGGUGGUCCAGUCUGCUCCAGUUGUCCAGACCUACGCCGCCGCCCCAGCUGUGACCAGGGUGGUCCAGUCCACUCCAGUUGUGCAGACCUACGCUGCUCCAGCUGUCACCAAGGUUGUCCACUCCGCUCCAGUGGUCGCCAGCUACGCCGCUGCCCCAGCCGUGACUGCUGUCCACGCUGCCCCAGCUGUUGCCACCGUUGCCCACGCUGCCCCAGCCGUCGCUACCUACGGAGUUGCCCACGUUGCCCACGCUGCCCCAGCCGUCGCCACCUACGGCGUUUCCCACGUUGCCCACGCUGCCCCCGCCGUUGCUACCUACGGUGUUGCUCACGCUGCCCCAGCCUACUACGGCUAUGGUGUUGGCUCCCUCGGCUACGGUGCCGGCAGCUACGGCUACGGCCACGGUCUCCUCGGCUAUGGCCUGAACUACGGCUACGGCCUUGGCUCUCCCCUCAGCUACUCCACCCUCCUCCGCAAGAAGAAGUCCUUCUGCACUCAAAUGGACACCACACCGAAUAUUCGCGCCGCUAUCCUCCUCGCCCUGGCUACCACCGCCUUCGCUGGUAACGUCGGCGGCGGAUACGCUCUCGGCCAUGGUGUCGGCUACUCUGGCCUAGGCGGAUACGGUCUUGGAUACGGUCUCGGCGCAUACGGUCAUGGAUACGGCCUCGGAGGCUACGGCUAUGGCGGAUACGGUCUAGGCUAUGGAUACGGAUACGCUCCAACAGCCAGCUACGCUGUCGCGGCUCCCGCCGUCCACACUGUCGCUACUGCUGUUCACGCUGCACCAGCUGUGGCUGCUGUGCAUGCUGCUCCAGCUGUGACAGCAGUGCACGCCGCUCCUGCAGUUGCCACCUACGCCGCUGCUCCAGCUGUCGCCAGGGUUGCCUACGCUGCUCCCGCUGUGACCGCUGUCCACGCUGCUCCAGCCGUCGCCAGGGUUGCAUACGCUGCUCCGGCCUAUACCGCUGUCCACGCUGCUCCAGCCGUCGCCAGGGUUGCGUACGCUGCUCCGGCCUAUACCGCUGUCCACGCUGCUCCAGCCGUCACCAGGGUUGCGUACGCUGCUCCGGCCUAUACCGCUGUCCACGCUGCCCCAGCCGUCGCCAGGGUUGCGUACGCUGCUCCGGCCUAUACCGCUGUCCACGCUGCCCCAGCCGUUGCUAGAGUUGCUUAUGCCGCCCCCGCCGUGGCUGCAGUUCAUGCUGCCCCAGCCAUUGCCACCACGGCCGUCCACCACGCCGUGCCCGCAGUAGCCUCCUAUGGUGUGGCCCACGCUGCUCCAGCCGUGGCCUCCUACGGAGUCGCUCAUGCUGUCCCAGCCUACGGAUACGGUGUAGGUGCUCUCGGGUACGGUGCCGGCCAUUACGGAUAUGGUCAUGGCCUCCUCGGCUAUGGUCUGAACUACGGAUAUGGCCUCGGCUCCCCCUACCACUAUGGCGCUCUCCUCCGCAAGAAGAAGUAAACACAUCCCCUGAACUAAAUGGGUGGUCUCAACGACGCAAGUCAUCGCAUGGACGUUUCUCUUGGAGUUGUGACGCUUCGAAGGAAAUAAACCUAUGUUUGUUACGUA